UUACCUUCUUUGUUCUUUACAGAAGGAUGAGUUAAGUUGCAUCCCAAAAAAGCUCAAGAUGCCCUUUAGGGAGUAGGAGCGAGGACUUGAAUUCCAAGGAAAUGAGAUCCCCAGCACUGAGUAAGAACUAUGCCAAGAAAAAGAAAGCUGUUGGCUCAAUUAAGUGCUCUUCAAAGCACCACCAGCUUCCCUCAGAUCUGUGCUGUGGAGCAGCUGAACACUACACCUGGAGCAGAUCCUUCUCCACAAAGCAGCAAGUAUUUUGUGAUAGAGAAACAAAAAUCUCCUCAGCUACAAGAAGAUUUUUUCAACCAGCCCUGUGUUAGUCUGGCCAAGUCCUUUCUGGGACAGAUUUUAGUUCGCAAACUUCCUGAUGGCAGAGAGCUCUGGGGCAGGAUUGUUGAAACAGAAGCUUAUCUGGGUGGGGAAGAUGAAGCUUCCCACUCGAAAGGUGGGAAGCAAACACAACGAAACGCAGCAAUGUUCAUGAAACCAGGAACUCUGUACGUGUAUCAGAUCUACGGGAUUUAUUUCUGCAUGAACGUUUCCAGCCAAGGAGAAGGGGCUGCAGUGCUGCUGCGCUCCUUGGAGCCGCUGCAGGGCCUGGAUGCCAUGAGGGAGCUGCGCAGGGCCGCCAGGAAAGCCCCCAGCAGGCUGCUCAAGGACUGGCAGCUCUGCAAUGGGCCCUCCAAGCUCUGCCAGGCCUUUGGCAUCGACAAGGCUUUUGACCAAAGGGACCUGACUCAGGAUGAUGCCAUCUGGAUGGUGCCUGGACAGGACCCACCAGGGGAGCAGGACGUGGUGGCCACCACCAGGAUUGGCAUUGGCAACAGGGGAGAGUGGGCACAGAAACCACUCAGGUUUUAUUUACGAGGAAACAGAUUUGUGAGUGUUGUAGACAAGAAGAUGGAGAGAGAGAUGGCAGCAAGGGGACACUCCCCUGGCAGCUGACAAGUCUUGCAAGUGUUCCCGACACCAGGACUUGAUCUGUGCUCUGUACAUUGGCCUCAAGCUGCAUCGUGGCAGAUAGAGGGCUUGGGGGGUUUUUAACAAUAAAUGUACUUUGUCACAAUCA